AUGUUAAGUUUGGCACGCGCCACGCCUACAAUAAACCGCAAAAGUCAAAGGAGAAGCCGGGUGAGGGGUAUAAAGAUGGAGAGAGAUAGAGUGCACAAAGUAUGCAACAUAUUUCACAGUUCGAGGCAGAUGGCGAUGGAAAAGGACAAAACAGACCCCAGGGAAAGUGCCACUGUCGUCACACGCCACACUCAAAAGCGUGACUGUUACUUGCAGAAUCCCAGAACACCCAACGCCCCCUUAACGCCCCCUGGCACACCCUUUAACCCCUCCAUUCCCGCCCUUAAAUCGCCCCUGCCAUUCGCUGAAGAAUUUUUGAAUUACGAGCGCUCUGGGCAAUAUUAUGUUUUAAACAUCGCUUUCUAUUUAAUGUCCAAUAAUAUUAAUAGCCUGUUUCUGGAAAUGCAACCAAAAAUAUUACAAUUCCUGAAGCAGGAUCAGGCAACACUCCUGAAAAUUUUCCAAGCACAAACAAGCCUGCUGGUGGAAUUAAUCCCAACAUUACUAAUUCUGGAGCAUCCAAGCAAAUUAAUUCGAAGCCAGAAACUUCAAUACACCCGGUUUCUGGAAAUGCACCCAAGAGCCCAGCAAUUCCAGGAGCAGGAUCUGUUGGAACCAAAACUCCUGGGAAUGCACCAAGUUCAAACAACAUUUUAA